UUCACGGGUUUCGCAACAAACCUCCACCGCCCGCGCCCCACCCACCCGGCUGCCGGUCCGCCCUCCGCCCUCUCGCCCCUGAGCGCUUCCCUCCCUUCGGGGCUGGGCCUGCCCCGGCUGUUCCGGAGCCUCCAACCCGCCGCAGGUUAGCUGUCUGUGUGUCGUGGCCACCUCCUCCAGGCAGCCCGCAACAAGCCGGCUUCGUGGCCCGACGAGCGCAGCGCCCUCUCACCGCGAUGCUGUGCUUCUUCAGGGGAAUGGCCUUUGUCCCCUUCUUCCUGGUGACAUGGUCGUCCGCAGCCUUUAUCAUCUCCUACGUGGUCGCGGUGCUCUUAGGACACGUCAGUCCCUUUCUUCCCUACAUCAGUGACACGGGAACCACACCACCAGAGAGCGGUAUCUUUGGGUUUAUGAUAAACUUCUCCGCAUUUCUUGGUGCGGCUACAAUGUACAUGAGAUAUAAAAUAGUGGAGAAGCAAAAUGAGGCCUGCUCCUUCGGCACUCCUGUCUUCAACUUGGUGUCGUUGGUUCUUGGAUUUGUGGGCUGUGUUGGAAUGGGCCUUGUAGCCAAUUUUCAGGAGUUAGCUAUGCCUGCGGUCCACGAUGCCGGCGCCCUCCUGGCUUUCGUCUGCGGUGUGGUUUACACGUUCCUGCAAUCGGUCAUCUCCUACAAAUCGUGUCCCCAGUGGAACAGCCACACCACGUGUCAUGUCCGCAUGGUCAUCUCUGCCAUUUCCUGUGUAGCUGUCAUCCCCAUGAUUGCCUGUGCUUCACUAAUUUCUAUAACCAAGCUGGAAUGGAAUCCAAAAGAAAAGGAUUAUGUGUUUCACGUAGUGAGCGCCAUCUGUGAAUGGAUCGUGGCCUUUGGUUUUAUUUUCUAUUUCCUAACAUUCAUCCAAGAUUUCCAGAGCGUCACCCUGAGGAUAUCCACAGAGAUCAACGAUGACUUUUGAAAGCCUGGGCAUCCUGCUCACUCAGCGAAUGCCGCAGACAGUUUCUGGAAGUGGCACAGAGGACAGAGGGGCUUGGGUGUCGCCCUGAUCAGGACGUAUCUGUGGCACACCCGGGACUUGAAUUCCAUUAAGAAUUUCUAGCAGUUGUUCUAUUUACAAAGGUAUGUUUUCCUAGAGAAAGCUCAGCAGCUAUGACACUUUAGCGAUAUUUUUAUAUUUUCUAAGAUAAUCUUUAUAUGGACAAACUCAUAUGCAGAAAAGAAAAUUUUUCCAUUUUAUGGAAAAUAGGGGAUUAUUUUUGUAUAGACUCUUUAGACUUUUUAUGUAUGAUCGGUGAAAAUACACUAAGUGAAAAAAUGUUAAGUUUAAUACAUUUUUUUUUAAAAAGGAGCAGCCAAAUCAGGACAUAGUCACUUUAAAAUUUUGCUUUUUGAAAACCACAAUGAGCUGCACACAUUUUCAUCCCAAGAGCAGUUACACAAUCUAACUCAUAGUGAUUAUAUACCCUAAUGGUAAAGAUAGAGUUAAUAAAUUAAUACUAAAGCACUCUGAUUUUUAGUGCUUUAGGCACAACGUUUUUACAGUCAAGGCUUCAAAACCCAUUUACUAUGCACAUUCACCAAGCAGUGUAGAAGACCUCGGUCUGGAAAUUCAGCCUCCCCGGCUGGUUUGCUUCCCCGACACAGCCACAGUGACAGCUCUGGGCUGCUGUUAACUGGUGGCACAGGAACUCAUUCCUGGUAGGAUGGGCUCAGGAUGGCAGCUUAGAUGUCAAAACUGCCCUUCUUCUCUGUAAGCCAGUCAGCGAGAACGCAAAUUCAAGACAGGGGAAGGGGGGCCUAGAAACCCAGGGGCAGGCUGGUUCAAUGCCUGUGGCCGGGGUUCAGUGCACAUGAUGUGGAAGGGGAGUCAGGCCCUUUCCUAAGCAAGGUCUGCAGACUCCGCCUCUUCAUCCGGCUCACAACUGACUAAAGAAAAGACAGAUGUUGUAGAGAAGACAUGGCCUUGGAGGUGCCAACGAGGUCCCAAGCUCCCUAUCGCAGUCUGGGAAAGUGGAGCUGCCCAGGGCCUAGCAGCCCGUUUGGGCAGCCUUGGUGAGGGGACUCCUGGAGAUCCAGGGGCACGUAAGUGCUGAGUCCUGCUUGGGUGAGCGUCAGCAGCCACUUGUGCCAUGACGUCUUGUGUGUCCUCAAGCGUGGAGGGGUGCAAACUGCCGACCAAACGUUUGUGAGUCCGCUGUAAUACAAUGCCACGUUAGUCCCGGGACACAAAGACAGUGGCCUUUCGUCAUCGUGAAGAGAAAGGGGAGCCGGCACCUUUCCCGUGGGAACUGUGGUUGACUGAAUGCAUGCUGCUCUUGGCUUUGAGCAGGAACAUCGGAACCUCCCAGAAUGCGGGCGGCUCUCUGCCUGUCCACUGGAGACUCCUGGACACUCACUCCUUCAGGGCGGAACAUGUGCCUUAACCUAGAGUUCAACACAGUGCCUUCGGGCACACAGUCGGUGCUUAAUAAAUGCCCACUGAAUGUAUGCGCGUGUGAACGAAUGAACAAAUCCCACAAUGACUGGGGAUGUGUGAGGUGCCGUAUCUCCGGCUUUACUUACUCUAGCUCACUAGUUAUUCUGAUGUUAACAGCUAGGCUGUGCUACCUAGUAACGUUGUCCAUUUUGCUUUGUGUACCCUGCACACAUUGCAGUUGUUUGGGCUUCAUGAUUCGGUGACAGCUCUCUUCUGGACAGAUACCACAGCAAUUGUUACACGGGCUAGACCGAGAAGGCCCCAAAUCACCCCAUUCUGCAGAUUCCAUGCAACUUCUAACGUUAUCCCCAUUUUGGUGUUCUUUUUCAUUUCUACAAAUGUGUAUUUCCUUGGAACUUCAUGCCUAAGAAGGUAAAAUAAAAAUAUUUCUUUUAUUCUA